UGGUCUACGAUCCGCACCUACCGUGCUUUUUGUUCAGCAAGCUACAAGAGUCAUAGGGACUACAAGGUUUUUUCGAGUAGCGAAGUCAUUCAUUCACUCACUCACAGAAAGUUGCAAAUAAACGUAUGGUUAGCGCGCUCGAACAUGGCGUCCAACCAACUAGCUGAAGCCAUUUUGUCCAACUCCCUGAGCCAGGUAACAUUCCAUUUGGAUGCUGGGACCAGCGUUGAUAGCAAGUUUGAUUCGAAGUGUUUGCACAUCUUAGAUCAGCUAACGGGUGCCGAGGAUGCCGAGGAUGACGAGGAUGAAGAUACAGAAGAUGUUCCUGGUCACGUCAAAGUCGCACUCUACAGCACCCUUGGGUUUGCUUAUCCUCUACAUUUGGCAGUAGUGAAUCUGUAUCAUUCUGUGAAAGAGAGGGCUCUUUAUGAUUCUGCCUUGAGGAUAUUGGAUCUUCUUCUGACCCGCGGAGCAGAUACUUCCAAAUGCAGCAAAUGGCUGAUCCUGUGCAACAUUUCAGGAUGGAAUUGGAGUCCUUUUGUUUCUGAUGCCAAGAGUUACACUCCUCUAGAUUUGGCCCUCUUCUUCAAGAGACAUCCCAUCUGUGUUUAUAAAGCUGAGACCCACGCCGUCAUGGAGGCAGCCAUCAAAUGGAUCCAGAAAAAGGCAAAGAAGUCUCCCACAGCUCCAAUCAAGACUGUCCCCGUUGUGGCGGAAGUUGCCGCGGCGUGGAAAUCUUUGCUCUGUUCUGAGGAAUUCAGUGAUGUUUCCUUCCAAUGCUCAGACGGGGUUUCUCUUCCUUCUCAUAGGAACAUCUUGGCAGCUGCGUCUCCCUACUUUGCAACAGCCCUGAACGGUCAAUGGUCUGAGGUGAGCUCUGGAACAUGGAAGCCCAGCUACCCAUCCACUAUCAUCCGACCCAUCCUGGAACUGAUCUACACUGGCAAAGUUCCACAAGACUUUUUCAAUGAAGAUCCCCUGAUGCUGUUCAACUGCGCCUCGGAGUACGAUAUCAAACCUGCCAUCAAGCUAGCAACCAAUGCGUGCAUUCAAAAGUUGGGUGUCUCCAAUGUCAAACCUACUUUGCAGGCUGCUCAUUUGCACCACAGCACCAAGAUCAAGAUAGCCUGUUUUCGUUUUGUCCAAUCCAAUGCAACCAGGGUUCUCACAGAUGCUCGUUUCAUGACUUUGGCUCAGGAAUAUCCCGAAUUAUGGUCGGAGCUCACCAAAGCCAUUUCUUCGAAUGACAACGAAAACGCAUCCAGGAAGAGGUCUCGAGCAGAAUAGGAUCUUU